AUGCGGUUCAUAAACGCGUCUGACGCAUUCCCGGAGAAGCAUGUUGGUAACUACUUGGAAAUCCUGAUACGCCAAAGAAAGUCUCUUGUGCCUCUUGGAGGCCCGCACGCGCUGGCAAGGCAUCAGUCUGCUGCACUCGGUGCCCAGGAACGCAUCCCUUUCACUUUCCGCUGCCCACACAAGAAAAUGGCCUCCAACGCCCUCGCCCCCGUCAUGUUCCAGCUGCAGGAGAGUAUUCGCAACUUCGACCUCAGGAACUUCAUCAACAACGACCUCAGCAACUGGCUCGGCAAGAUGGACUUCAAGACGGUGGGCCUCGUGGCUCUGGCGGCGUUGGUCGUCCUUCUGGUCCUGGACCUGUUCACCAAGGGCCCCACCCCCUUCGGCAGGAGCCUGGUGUCCUCCGCCGCCCACGCCUGGGACAGCACAGGCCAGACGGGGCUCAGCCAGUCCCUCCGCGGAAGCCGUUCUCUCGAGCCCGUGGCAACUGUCCUGGACGCGCUGGCGGAGGCGGUGAAGAAGUGGGAGGCGCAGGAGGAGGGCGUCGUCAGAAACCGAGCCUUAUGAGACACCAGAGAGUUCCGCUGGAUUCCGUUAUUCGGGUCGUGUUUAUACCUCUAAUGUAAAUAUUACAAUGUGUGGAAAGAAUCUGCAAUUUGUUUCCAAGCGUUUGUUUGCGGGCAAGCAAACUAUCUUGUUUUUAGCCAUCUUGGUCAAGUAGCCCUGGCCAUUUCCAUGAUUUAUUUAUUUUCUUUUCAUUACUUGUGUUAUUGUUAUUAUUCUCACUGUUACUUCAUUUACAAUCGUAUACACAAUGUUCUGCAGGAUAUGUGCAUUCACUGUGACUGAACAAUACCUUAAAUACAAAAG